AUGAUUUGCUGUGGCUCAUCUUUAGCUCAGUUAAAACCUAAAUCAUUCAGAAUUCAUGAGUUCUUCUUGAAAAACCUUCUGUUAUCCAUAUCACUUUUGACUCGUCACUUUAAGUUGAUUUACCUCUCAACAGGGUUCUCGGAUGGUGUCUUCACUGCUGUUGAUGCAUACCCUCAGCAAUAUCCAUACUCUCAGCAAUAUUCUGGACAAUACGGAUCCGGCAAUCAGCAAGCUACUGUAGAAAACGGAAAUGUUGUGCAGCAAACUAUUGGGCAGAUCUGGUCCUUCAACCCACCACCUCAGUCACCACCUGCAGUUUACUAUCCUACUAACAGGAACCCUUAA